AUGGCUCCAAAGAAGGUCGCCACCAGGAAAUCUUCCUCGAAAUCGACUCCGGACAAACAUUCUCUCCAUUACAAAACUCUGUUGCGGCGGAGAAGCAAUAUUCUUGGUUCGGCGGAACUCAUUCAGAAAUUCUAUAUGGAAUUUACACCGGACCAGACAAAUCAAGUGGCAAUUAGGAUCACACAUCUCGAUGACCUCUGGGAAAAGUUCGAGUGUGUUCAGGAGGAAAUCGAGGUACUCGAGAAUGAAGUGGAAAGUUUUUCAGAUACCCGGUUGCAGUUCCAAACAAUGUACUACGAGCUGAAGGCAGCGCUGCUAACCAUUCUGCCACAACUCACAACAGAGCAAAAUCCCAUCGUAACCGCUGUAGGACAUCAGCCUCUUGCUAACCACACACUACCGGUGAAGCUUCCUGAACUUCGCAUUCCGGAAUUUAGAGGAAAUCCGGAGGAGUGGAUUGAAUUUAGAGACCUUUUCAAAUCCGUGAUCCACACUAAUACUAAUCUUUCGGGAGUACAAAAGAUGCACUAUCUGCGCAGCUCCCUCAAGGGUGAAGCUGCCCGGCUAAUAGCUUCCUUUGCGAUAACGUCAGACAACUAUGCGCUCGCGUGGAAGACUAUCACCGAUCGGUAUGAAAAUGUCAACUUUCUCGUGAAGCAACAUAUGUCGGCGAUUCUAAAAAUCCCUUCCGCGCGCAAGGAUUCCGCUGCUAGUCUCGCUGAAGUCGCAGACGAAUUCAACCGUCAUGUUGGUAUUUUGGACAAGCUGGAAGAACCGGAGAGUCACUGGAACUCCUUUCUAGUGGAACGACUGAGCAGUCUACUGGACGAAAAAUCUCUGUUGGAAUGGGAGAACAGGUGUAAGGACGAAGAAGCACCUCAGUAUAGUGACUUGCUAGAGUUUAUCCAUAAAAGAUCGCGUCCGCUGCAAAAAUGCAAGAUCGUUAGUGGUACGCUCUCUACAGGCUCUAACUCUAAACUGAAUAAGGGAAAACCGUUUUCGUCUCAUGUGGCCUCCGACAAUGUGCCAAGAUGCCCAGGAUGUAAACAGCCACAUAUGGUAACUCAAUGCGAAACCUUCCUUAGGCAAACACCCAACAAACGCCUCGAAUUUGCAAAAACUCAUCGCUUAUGUAUAAAUUGCUUGCGCGGUGGGCAUAUGGCCAGGGAUUGUAACAGCAGUCUGUGCAGAACGUGUGCUAAAAAACACCACACUUUGCUGCACCUACCACCAGUAGCAACAGUACCACACGGAGAGGAAAAGCAUUCGUCAGCUGUCACCCAAGCAGCAACGGCUAUCUGUACAAAUGAGGAGCACAGUACUUCGCCGUUGGUAGGGGAGGAACAAUCGCAUAUGUCACCUGCCAAUCGUGUCGCGUUAGAACCAGCUUUCUCGUAUCACCCACAUGGAAAUGUUACGACUCUUACUGAAUCCAAUGAGCGCCAGGAUAACGUCGUCUUUCUAUCAACAGCUGUUGUUGGUAUUCAGGAUAUCAGUGGUAAAACUCAUCAUACCAGAGCCUUGUUGGAUAGUGGAUCUCAAUCCAAUUUUAUUUCGGAGGCACUGUGUCAACGUUUGGGCUUGAAGCGCUCGCGAAUCAACCUUCCCAUUAGCGGCAUAGGCCAGGCCGCUGUCACUGUACACCAUAGAGUGGAUACCAUUAUUGUUUCUCGUUUUGGCACAUUCGAACAUCCGUUGAACUACCUGGUGCUGCCAAAGUUGACAGUUUGUUUGCCUAGUCAACAUGUGGAUGUGUCUCACUGGAAAAUUCCCCCCAACAUACCAUUAGCGGACCCGAGAUUUAAUAUCAGCCGUGGAGUUGACCUGAUUAUUAGAGCGGAACUGUUUUAUACCCUUAUCGAACCGCAUCAGUUCAUUCUUGCUAAUGAAUUUCCUCUGUUGCAGAAAACUCUUCUGGGCUACGUAGUUUCAGGCAAACUCGCUACAACGGAUAAGAAUAAGGUGGUGUGUCACGUCGCAAUAGGACAAGAUUUGAAUAUUCAAGAGAGAUCGAAAAUUUCGACAUCGGAAAAUCACCAUCUCAGGAAGAGCAAGAAGUUGAAUCCCAUUUUCGUGAUACAGUGUCCAGAGAUAAGGAUGGACGUUACAUCGUUCGGCUGCCAUUUCGAGAAAAUAUGA